UAGGUUUGAUGAUUUGGUCUGGUAGAUUUAAAGUUUGUGAUGUGUCAAACUAUUCUCAAUAAUAAUUUAUGAUAAAAUAGUGGUAAUAAUGGAUAAUUCCAAUUCCGAAACUGAUAUAAUAGAGCAGAUUGAGAAUGACGAGUUUUACAGGUGUUUUUUAAAGUCGGGCUCGAAAAGUUCCAUUCCUCAAGCUUUGAGUAUUUCUGAGCAAGUCAAGAAGCUUGGCGAAGGCAUCGAAUUGAUCAGUCGCGAAUUACAAAAGCAGGUUUUGGAAAAACACGAUGAUUUAUUAAGACAGGGCAAUCAUGCGACCAAAUUGGAAAGCGUUCUAAAUACUAUGAAUGGCCACGUCCAGAAUUUAUUUGCGAAUGCUGAACGUUUGAGAAAUCAAGUUACGGGUCCUUAUAACGCUCUAGAAACCCACACCAAAGUGUUGGGGCGUUUGCAUUUGGCUAGUCAUAUUUUGAGACAGGUUAAUAGAAUACAACAGUUGAGUAAACGACUGGUUAAUACUAAUGAUCCUGUCCAGAAAGCGACAAUUUUGCACGAGUUAGAGCAACUCGCCUCAGACCCUGAUUUAAAAGACAUCGAUGCUGUAACGUCUGAAUUGAGAAACAUAAGGGCCCAACAGCAGAAAGUUGUCAAGUUGGCUACAGGGUCUUUAAAUCAAGGAAUUAUCAAUGAAAAUGUAGCCCAAACCACCACUGCCUUACAAAUUUUCAUUAAUUUGGGUACUAUUAAUGCGAUUUUACACAAUACGAUUGAAAAUAAUUUCAAUGAGUGUCGCGAAUGUUUGAAAACUGCUUUUGAUGCGAGCACUGUCUCAAGUGGACUUAAAACAACCAAAGGCCCUGGACGUGCCACUCUGACUACUUCACAAAAUUUCAGAAAUAAAAUUUGGACCGAAAUAGAAAAAGCCUUCACUGAGGAAAUCCAUCAAAAUUGCAAACAGAUAAAAUUUUUGCAAAGAACUGUAAACAACCAGAAUAUUGAUUGUGAUAUAGCUGCGAAAUUUUGGACGAAAUUAGGCAAUUUGAUCAAGAGUGAAAUUAAAAAUAGUUCAUUAGCAGUUCAGCAAAUGUUGGAAGAGGAUUAUCCAAAAUUGUUGAAAUGUUUCUAUGAAAUGUGCGAGAAAUUGAAAUAUGACCAGUUUGUUUUUGAUCGACAAGUGCUUGAAAAGUGUGAAAAUUCGUAUUUGUCAAGCUCUUUAAACAGAUUACUAGAACCAGCCCAGUCUAUGUUUAAUAAUGAAGGGGAAGUCCCGACUCAUGACCAGAUUGAUGCUUUAAUUAGAGUCAUUAGCGGUGAAUUGAGUGUUGCUUUGAUUGAGGAAACAUUAAGUGAGAAAAUUUGUCGAAACGUUUCAAAGUCUAUUAAAAUGUUUGGUUUAAAAACAGAACAACAAAUUGAAACUGGACCAGAAGCGGCUCAAGUCAUUGGUGGCAAUGCUAACUCGGGACAGCAAAGAAACGUCCAUUUUGCCAAUGCGUUGUAUUAUUUUCAAGUUCAAAUUCAGAGAAUGUUAUCAAACAUGAAAGACAGUUUGCCACAAUCUGGUGUUGCAAUUAUUACCGAAAGUUUACAAGUUCUUGUUAAUCUAGUUGGGGCUAUAAUUCAGCCCAUUGUUGUCUCGAUAAACUCAACCAUUGAGACGAUAAUUGUCACAAUUCACCUUGAAACAGAUUGGGCUAAACUCCAAGUCCCUAUAAACAAAAACACGGUGGUUUGUAGCCCCUACAUGCGCGAGUUAUCCCAAUUUAUCACACGUGUUUAUCACACUUAUUUAUCAAAUUUUAACAAUAAAGAAGUUUUGCUUGAAAAGUGUAGUGAGAUUGCUGUUCGUUGUAUUGAGCUUCUAGUGCGGCACACCUCCUUACUCCGGCCCAUAUCACAAGGGGGCCGGAUCCGGCUCCAGUCUGACUAUCUUCACCUUGAAAGCGCCCUAAGGGUGAUUUGCCCCCAUUUGAGCGAUUUGGGGCGUCCUUACCGUUUACUAAAAUCCAUGGCGUCUCUUGUCACUCUCACUCCUGAAGAAAUCGUCGCAAGUCAAGCUUCGGAAAGCUCAGUGCCCCACAGUACUGUUUUGCUUUUGUUGUUUUCAUUCGCUGGAAGCGAAUUAGCAAGUCCGCAUCAAAACACGGCGUGGUCUCUUCCGAAAUUGUCGGUAUGGUUGGAUGAGCAUCCUUCCGAAUCGGAUCGGUUGGAUUUGAUCGUGGGGGCCCUGCAAAAAUACGAGAAUUCAGUGAGGCAGAAAAAUUCGGUUAAUUACGAUCCAGUCUAUCCAAUAAUGUCCAAGUUUUUAGAAAACGCUGUUAAAACGAUUAAAUAAAGUUUGAUUUUUUUCUAA